CUCUUUGAAUGAUUCGCCAAGACUAACACAGACGGUAAUUUGUCUGAAGCAUCAUGUAUUGAAGCAACAGAGAUCUGUCCACCUGUGGGCUAACUAGAAACAAGAGGUAAAAUGUUUCCAAUUCUUUGAGCUCCAGGAGUCCAGGGGAGUGAGUUGAAAAUCUGAAAAUGUGGCCAUGGACUGGUUCCUGGCGUUGGGUUAUGCUCGUUCUUUUUGCCUGGGGGGCUUUGCUAUUUUAUAUAGGUGGUCACUUGGUACGAGAUAAUGACCACCCUGAUCACUCUCGCCGAGAACUGUCCAAGAUUCUGGCAAAGCUCGAACGCUUAAAACAGCAGAAUGAAGACGUGAGGCAAAUGGCUGGAUCUCUCCGGAUACCAGAAGGCCCCAUUGAUCAGGGGCCAGCUACAGGAAGGGUCCGUGUUUUAGAAGAGCACCUUGUUAAGGCCAAAGAACAGAUUGAAAAUUACAAGAAACAAACCAGAAAUGGUCUGGGGAGGGAUCAUGAAAUCCUGAGGAGGAGGAAUGAAAAUGGAGCUACAGAGCUCUGGUUUUUUCUACAGAGGGAAUUGAAGAAAUUAAAGUCCUUAGAAGGAAUUGAACUCCAAAGACAUGCAGAUGAACACCAUGAAAGGUCUAUAAUGACAGAUCUAUACUACCUCAGUCAGAUAGAUGGAGCAGGUGACUGGCGGGAAAAAGAGGCCAAAGAUCUGACCGAACUGGUCCAACGGAGUUUAACAUAUCUUCAGAAUCCCAAGGACUGCAGCAAAGCCAAAAAUCUGGUGUGUAAUAUCAACAAAGGCUGUGGCUAUGGCUGUCAACUCCAUUAUGUGGUCUACUGCUUCAUGAUUGCAUAUGGCACCCAGAGAACACUCAUCUUGGAAUCUCAGAACUGGCGCUAUGCAACUGGUGGAUGGGAGACUGUGUUUAGACCUGUAAGUGAGACAUGCACAGACAGAUCUGGCAUCUCUACUGGACACUGGUCAGGUGAAGUGAAGGACAAAAAUGUGCAAGUGGUCGAACUCCCCAUUGUGGACAGCCUUCACCGGCCUCCAUACUUACCCUUGGCUGUGCCAGAAGACCUCGCAGACCGACUUGUCCGAGUACAUGGUGAUCCUGCAGUGUGGUGGGUGUCCCAGUUUGUCAAAUACUGGAUUCGUCCACAGUCUUGGCUAGAAAAAGAAAUAGAAGAGGCCACCAAGAAGCUUGGCUUCAAGCAUCCAGUUAUUGGAGCCCAUGUCUGACGCACAGACAAAGUGGGAACAGAAGCUGUCUUCCAUCCCAUCGAGGAGUAUAUGGUGCAUGCUGAAGAACAUUUUCAGCUGCUCGCACGCAGAAUGCAAAUAGACAAAAAAAGAGUGUAUUUGGCCACAGAUGACCCUUCUUUAUUAAAGCAGGCAAAAACAAAGUACCCCAAUUAUGAAUUGAUUAGUGAUAACUCCAUCUCUUGGUCAGCUGGACUGCACAAUCGAUACAUAGAUAAUUCACUUCGGGGUGUGAUCCUGGAUAUACAUUUUCUUUCUCAGGCAGACUUUCUAGUGUGUACUUUUUCAUCCCAGGUCUGUCGAGUUGCUUAUGAAAUCAUGCAAACACUGCAUCCCGAUGCCUCUGCUAACUUCCAUUUUCUAGAUGACACCUACUAUUUUGGGGGCCAGAAUGCCCACAAUCAGAUUGCCAUUUAUCCUCACCAGCCUCGAACUGCAGAUGAAAUCCCCAUGGAACCUGGAGAUAUCAUUGGUGUGGCUGGAAAUCACUGGGAUGGCUAUUCGAAAGGGGUCAACAGAACACUGGGAAACGGCCUGUAUCCCUCCUCCAAGGUCCGAGAGAAGAUAGAAACGGUCAAGUACCCCACGUAUCCCGAGGCUGAGAAGUAGAGCUCAGAUGAAGAGACAGGCAGCCAAACACAGUUCAGACCAUCUGAGCCAAACAGCAGAAAGAAGCCCUGACCUGACAGAGCAUGGUGUGUGGAUGUGGGUAGACUCCUCACACCAAGAAGAGCUGGGACCUCCCAGAGGCCUCAUUGGUGGAACUCCUCUUUAACAAGGGCUGCAGUGCCCUCAGACCCAUGCACAGGACAAUAACGUACUCACAUAUAACAUGCAAGCAGGUUGUUUUCUACUUUGCCCCUUUAACUAUGUCCCCCAUAAAACAAACACUGCCACAUUGUGUAAUUUAAGUGACAUGGACAUUUUGUGUGAGACUUUAAACAUGGUGCCUAUACUUGAGAGACCUGUAUGACCUAUCGAGAAGGCCUGAACAGCGCCCACUGUGGGGACGUUGAUUCUUGGUGGUGGUCAUGUGACCACUGAAUUCACUUCAAUCAACAGACUCAGAAUGAGAAUGGA